CGGCUCCCGGGCCCGGGGGAGCCCAGCGCGCGGCGGCGGCCCCGGAAAAAUGUAAUAAAGACCCAGCUGAGAAAGAUGUAACUCAAGCUACCAAUAGCCACUUCACACCUGGGGAGAUUCAAGAGCAGCCCUUGUGGGAAAACCCUUCAGAUGGUGACCUCGUCAGAACCCAACCUCAGCGUUUGCCCCUGCUGCAGACAUCGGCCCAGGAACCCGGGGAGGAGGAAACGGGCAGGGUGAAGAGCGGAGGCCGCGGAAGUCUGAGCAACGCCAAUGGAAUUCACCACGGGGCCAGGCGAGCCUCUGCAGAGAAUCACAAACUCUCAGCUCCUGUUUCUCAAAAGAUGCACAGAAAAAUUCAGUCCAGCUUAUCUGUAAAUAACGAUAUCAGUAAGAAGAGCAAAGUAAAUGCUGUCUUUUCCCAAAAGACAGACUCUUCCCCUGAAGACUGCUGCGUCCACUGCAUCCUGGCGUGCCUGUUCUGUGAAUUCCUGACCCUCUGCAAUAUCGUGCUGGGACAAGCUUCCUGCGGCAUCUGCACGUCGGAAGCCUGCUGCUGCUGCUGCGGGGACGACGUGGGGGAGGACUGUAACUGCCCUUGCGACAUGGACUGCGGCAUCAUGGACGCCUGCUGUGAAUCAUCAGACUGCUUGGAAAUCUGCAUGGAAUGCUGCGGAAUUUGUUUUCCUUCAUAAAUAUUUAUCUUUUGUUUGUGCUAAAACUGGAGAACAUUUGUAAAAUUUUCUUUGAAGGGGUUGAAAAACACAUGGUAGGAUUCUAUUGGAACAACUCAGUAUUUGCACUGCUUAAGUAUCUCCUAGACCCUUUGGUUCACCAAUCUACAUGGUUUAAUAUGUGACGUUUUAACGAUUUGAACUGAUUCUCGAAACUUCUUAAUGGAUUACAAUAAUGGAAGUACAUAUGUAUACACACACACACACACACACACACACACACACACACACACCCCAAAACGUGUUAAAUGAAUCUUUUUAUUGAUAUCUGUUUCUUCUAGCCAUUCCCAGGAGUGAAGUGCUCGGAAUAUAUGACAUCUCAGUGGGUAUUAAAACCAGACCACUUAUUUUUUGUAUUUAUCUGCUAGAUGUUAAAAGUAACAUAUUUAGUUUAAACUUUAAGAAACAAACUCACACCAUGCCUGGACACCCAGUGUUGCUCUCCAGACGGUUUUCUCUGCCUGCCCCGCUUGUGUAAUGGGUGCCGAGUGCCAGUUCUGGCAGGCUUCUCGUCUACGCUUCAGGGAUAAAUAUCUGUCCACCCUUGUCCAUAGUAGCAAUCAGUGUGGUAGGAGAAAGAGACUGCUAAGAAACAAAUGAUACCAAAACACAUUAAGUGAGAGGUGCAGGAGGGAGAAAAACAUAAAAGGCCAUAGGAAUAAACAGAGAGGGACCACAGGAAUAUUGGGGAAAAUGAGGCAUUUAAGCAGACCUCUUAGAAUGAGUGAUCCAUCUGCUACUUAAAUGAGUUAUUUAGAUUUAAGGCAAAGUUUUAGGUAGACAGCCUGAAUUGUGCACGUCCAUAAUCAGUGUGUAGAAAAGUGCCCGCAGCUCACUGUGUUUUAGUUGUAGGGGUACAAAUUUUUUUAAACUAUAACA